AUGGAACAAUCAAUAGAGGAUACUACUCUCACAUCAUCGUCACCACAAAAUGAAAGACCAAGCUCAAUAAUAUCCAUUAAUUCAACAUCUUCUACUUCUGAACGCCUAACGCCUGCAGCUCGUAGGCGUGAAGCUAGUAGACAAAAGGAUCGAAACAAAGAUAUUGAAUUUGCUACUGAAAUAGGCCAAGGCUUGUUAUUAGAAGUCAGACGUCUACAAGGAGAAUUGCAUGAAAAUUUGGAAAAGAUUAAAGAUUUAGAAACAAAUAAAGCUGAAUUAGAAAGAACGAUCGAAGCACUUAAUAAAUUACUUCGUAAUAGCAAAGAAUCUGAAGAAAAAUACAAACAAGAAAUAUUUGAUUUAGAAGCAAAAUAUGAAUACUUGAAAAUAGAAAAGGCAUUAGCCACUGCCACAGAUGUGAUUGAGCAAUUAAAAGAUAAACAAGACAAAUUAUCAGAAGCUCUCGAUAAUUCAAAAAGUCGUCAUGAGAAAGAUAUGGCCAAUAAUAGAAGACAUGUAGCUGCUCUUAAACGUGAAAAAAGUGAUUUAACAAAAAAUUUGGAUGAACUUCAAACUCAACUUGAUAAUUUAUUAGCUACAAAAAAUUUAAGAAAACGUGGCCAAGAUGUUGCAACUAGUGUUGAUGGUGAAACUGAUUCUAGUGAUCCACUUAAUUCAGGUGCAGCGGGAGUAUCGUCGACAUCAUCAAGUACUUUACCAGGCAGUAAUUUAGGUAAAGAUGAUGUAAUGAAAGCUCUGGAUACUGCAAAUAGAAUGAUUUGUGGUUUACGAGCUAACCUUCAAAAAGAAAAAAGCGAAAAAUAUGAGCUUAAAAAAUUGUUAGCCGAUAAUCAAGAACAAAUUGAAAUUUUACAAUACGAGUCUGAAUUCCAAGGUGGAGCAAACGUAAACGGUUCAAAAAAUGCUCAAUUUAAUGGAAAAGGCGAGAGAUCCACAAGCACUUCAACAAUAUCAAAAAAAGAAUUUAAAAGUGUUGAAGUACAAACUGAAGAUAAAUCCGCAGGUAUUUCAGGAACAGAAUUUAGAAGUGUUGAAGUACAAACUGAAGAAGUAUCUUCAUCAUUAGAAGAUAAUAAUACAUCUUCAAUUAUUAAUAAUAAAGAUUUAGAAGCACCAUUAGAAAAUUCUCUAAACACAAGCAAGGAUUUUGAACAACAAGCAGGUUUAUCAAAAAUUUCUAAAUAUAUUGAUGGAAAAAAUCUAGAAGGUUUGAAUGACUCUGUUUCAACAAAUAGUAGUAGGACAUCAACUGAUCAAAUUCUACGACAAAUAGAUUCAUCAAAUGUUGACUCUGGUAGUGGAGUCGGUGGUGGACAAAACAUGGAUUCUAAUUAUAAUAAUGAAACAACAACAACUGAUCCUGACAUUAUUAGAUUAAUUACACGAACAAUGGUUGGUGAUGAUUUAUGGAAAUAUUAUAAACCUAAUUUUGGUGGUGGAAUUUUAGAAAAAAGGCACAAAAGAUUUUUUUGGGUUCAUCCUUAUUCAAAAAUUUUAUACUGGAGUGUUAAAAACCCUGCUACUUUAAGUAGUCUGGAUCCCAAAUCAAGGAAUGGAUUAUCUCAUUUUGCUCAUAUCGUGUCAGUGAGUGAAGUACCAGACAAUAAUCCUUCACCUACUGGACUAUAUCAUAUGAGUUUAGUAGUUAAAACUCCUGAUCGAGAAAUAAAAAUGACAGCACCAACAGAAGAAAAACAUAAUCUUUGGUAUCAAGGAUUGAGUUAUUUAUCACAAAGGAAUGAAGACUCAGAACAACAAAAUGGGCUAAAAUCAGUUAACAAUAAUGGUAGUUAUGGUAAUUAUAGUUCAAGAUCAGUUCCAAAUCCAUGGGAUAAUCAGAUCGACGUUAAUAAUGGUGCGUCAUCAUCUAAUGAAUCAUCUAAUCUUCGAGAUUUGAAAAAGAGAUCCAGCUUACAAAAACUUCAAGGAAUCUUCAAAAAAGAUGGGUCGUCAUCGUUCUCAUCAUAUCAGAAUUCGCCACUUUCCAAUGAGAUGAUCAGUAAUUCUAGGAGUAUUAAUAGUAGCAAUAAUGAAGAAUAUUCUGCAAUGCCAGGCUCAUCUCAUACAGAUAAUAUAUCAGCAGCUUAUAAUCUAAUGUUCUAUUAG